AUGGCUUCAACACCGCCGCUUCAGAUCGCAUCCACCCCUCAAACUCCUCCCACACCUUUACACGGCGCUACUUACGAUACUCGUCCUACCAGAGCCAGCUCAAGAAUCGCAGCAAGACAGGUCCAUGCAACUCCUGAUGCGCCCCAGCCGAGUACCAGAUCCGAAGCAGCAGUGACAACCCCAAAGUCGUCAAGGCAGUCGAGACAAAGACAAACUGCACCAGGUAUUCAAUCACCUGAUUCAACGCCGCGCAAUAAGCAAACGCGCCGGGUGCAAAUCAUCUCUCCCUCCUCCCCCGAAACCGACACCUUGCCCACCAAACAAAUGCCACGCUCCAAAGCGCACCUGCAACCUUCUGCUUCCUCUUCAACCAUAAUAUCCGACGGCAUGCUCCCUACCCCAGUCAAGACUCCUAAGAAGAAGGUGGUCGCCAAGGCGAACAACGCUGCUCGGGCAUUGUUUCAAGAAAACCCCGACAUGGUGGAUUUUGAGCCAAGUCCGAGAAGAAAUCGCAAGAACAAGCGCUACAAUGGCUUUUCCCUUGAGAGCUUUUCUGCCGAAGACGAAAGUCAUGGCCAGAUCCAGAUCUUCACCGAUUCACGGGAUAGAGUCCCACAAGUCGACCACGGCCGAACCAAUCCCUUUGUGGACCACGAAGUGAAUGGCGAGGCUUCAACCAGUCAGAAGGUUGAAGGAACUUCGAAGCGACGCAAGGUCAGUGGGGAGCGAAAGACGGUAGAUCCUCAAGUGGCAGCGGCCAUUCGGGAGGACGAGGGCAUGGUCUACGUCUUUCGCGGCAAGAAGGUCUACAGACGAUUUGAUGACGAGGACGACGAGGAAGAGGAGAUUGACGAUGAUCUGGGUCUCCUUGAACACUCACCCGAAACAACCACUCGAUCGCUCAGGACUCUCACACGUCGCUCAAUCAAGCCAAAGAGACUAUUCCAGACCGAGACGCAAAAGAAGGCACGCAAAGCCCACGAGGAGGAAGAAGCCUUGACGGACAUUGAAGAGCCAGCUGGUCAGACUGGAAAUGCCGAUGUGUCUAGUCCUGGUUCGCCGAGUGUCCAGAUGGGAAGGUCACUGCGCUCCACUGGAAAAGCUCUUCUCUUUACAGACGAAGCCGAAUUGAACGCUGCUGAUGCAAACUCGAACAAGAAGACUAGCCCCUUUGAUACUUGGCCUAGACUCAAGUCUGGUGGUAGAUCUUCGACGGGAGGUCAGAAGGGGAGGAAGAGAGGUGCUCCAGACGCUGCCGAUGAGACCGUUGGAGUAGCAGCAGUGGAGUCUAAGAGAACGAGGUUUUGA